AUGCAUCGUGGGAAGAAUGUCACGGCUUAUAAUAGAAGAAAAUUCAGUAUUGCACGCUCAACGUCAUCGUCGUCUUCGGCAGGAUCCUCAGCAUCGUCGUCGUCGCUAUCGCCGAAUUCAUCUGAAGUUGACCACAUUGAAGCUGUAAAUGCAAUACGAAGAAAAGCAGCAGCAUUCAAGAGUGAUGACCAUAACGCUUCUGAUUCAGAAUCGUCGCUAACUGCGCUCUCUGAUGAAGAUAGCUUUGAAAUUAAAAAGAAGACUGCAGGUGCAGCAGCUUUGAUAUCUAGAAAACCUGCAGGUAAAAAAAGUGGCAGCAGUGGUAAGACAUUGAAACUAUAUGGAGGGAAGGAUAUACCAAGAAAGACGUUUGAUUGGACUCGUGAAAAUGUCUUUGUUGAGUCUUCUGAUGAUGAAGAUGAGGUUGAAGUACAGGAGUUGAUUGAAGAUGCAAUGCGAGAUGACCAAGAAGACAGAGAGAAUGGUACUGGUGAGGACAACAUUAAUGAUGACAAUCACGAUGACAAUGACGAUGACGAAGAAGACGAAGAUGAUGAAAAGACUCACCUUGCCGAGCUAUAUUCGCUCAUGGAAAAAGGGAAAAAUAUAAAACCAUACGAUUCUGAUAAUAGCAAUGACGAAGAAGAUGAAAACGACGACGACGAUGAUGACGAUGAUGAUUCGGAAGACAACUACGACUCAUCUGAUGACUCUGAUGUCGACUUUGUAAAGUUGCAGGCACAACAGAAAGUACGAUCAGCUAAGGCUUUGAAACGCAAUAGUAAUGAUAAAGAGAAGGAAAAGGAAAAGGAGAAAACGAAAAAAAUUGAAAAUGCAGUACAAAAACGUCGAAAAAGCUCCGUAAAGUUUGGAAGGAGGAAAUCAGAAGCACCUUUCCCAGAGUUGAAUUUCACAUUUGAUUUUGGAGAUUUGGAAGAAAAGAAGGAUAGCAUUGAUAGUAGGAGUAAAAGUAAAGAUGGCGACGAAAAGAUUCCUGUUCCUGAAGAAGAAGAUGUUGGUGUUGAAAUUGAUUAUUCUCCCAGUACACUCAAUUUGGAGGUUGGCGAGUUUGAAUUUGAUUUUGAUGCAAACCUCUUGCAAUUUCCUAAACUCGAAGUCGCAGAACUGUCCAAGUCAGGAAGAAAUGGAGGUGAUGUUGAAGUUGACAAGAACAAUGAGAAUGAUGAUGAUGACGAUGACGACGAUGACGAUGACUACGAGAUUGAUGAUAACGAAUUACUCGCAACUUUGCAGGCAGAGAAUGAUGUUGAUGAAUUCUUACCAAACAUUUCUUCGGGAUCUAUCAUUGGUCAAGACCAAGAUAAUGACGUGGAUCAUGACAAGAAUGUUGUUCGACAAAACUCACUCACCUCUUUUGGUGAUGACUCUACAGGAGAAAUUGGAGAUGAUGGGGAUGAUGAUGAUGAAGAGAACGAUCCUUUCUUGAAGGAGGAGGAGAAGUUUUUGGUCAAUGAAUUUGAACGUAAUGGAUUUGAUGAGUUUGAAAGUGAUGACAAGAAACUUGGUGAUACAGGUCGCAAUGGAAACGAUGUUGAUGAUGAUGAUGAUGAUGAUGACGACGAAGACGAUGAAGAAGAAGAUGACGAAGAGUUUACUUUUGAUGAUGGUGAGUACUCUACCUCUAAGCGAGUAGUCAAUGCUUUUAAAGGUAUUGGUGAGGAUAAAAACAAACCCAUUGUGCGAUAUGAGAGCAGUGGCUCCGAUCACAGUGAUUUUGACGAAGAUGAUUAUGUUGAUUUUGUUGACUUUGAUGUUCCCUUAUUUGACGAAGAAACUAAUCAUCUAAGACUAAGGAGCAAGAAAAAUAGAAAGAGAAAAGAUAAGCGAGCUGCUAGAAAGUACAGGAAAUUGCAGGAGACCACCAAUAGUGAUGAAGACGAUGAAUCUUACUUGUGGAAUUAUUUCUUUAGUUCAGAUAAUGAUUCUUUGAGUGAAUCUGAACAGCUGAAGAAGAAAGAACUCAAAUCAAAGACCAAGACGGAUGUCAAUGAUUUAUUCAAUCAGAUUGAUAAUGAUCUGACAUUUAAACUGCGGAAACGGUUUUCACGUGGUGGUAGUGUUGAUGGAAAUGGUAUUGGCGGAGUCACUAGUGCUAUUAAUAACACUAAGUUGCCGUUUAGCCAUUAUCGAUUGGAGUUUGAUGCUCUUUUUGAUGGUGAUGAUGGUGACGGUACUGGAGAAAAUGAUGAGGAUAAUGGGUAUGAAAGUAGCGAGUCAACAGAUGUGGAUGAAAGCUUACCCAAAUCUUCUGUUGCUUCCAGUGUUGGGUCGAAGAAGGCUACUGAAGUGUUAUCGUCAAAAACUGCAGAUUAUCGACCUCCAAUGUUGGGUUCAUGGGUAACAAUUGAUAGUAAGCCGUUUGGUAUCAUUGAUGGAUUAAGUACACGCUCAUUACAGCCAAACAAAGCCCAUGAACCUAGGUUUGGUUUAGCGAAUAGCAACAACAAUACUAGAACCACCACCACUAACACCACCACUGGCAACAUUAACAACAUCAAUAGCUCUAACAAUAAUAAUACUCUGGUUACAGGUUCAUUGCCAUCAUCAGCAACGCCUCGAGCUGGACAUUCUUCGGAGUCGGCAUUAUCGCUAACCGGAUUGGCGCAGUCGACGAAUCCACUGAGUCCAUCGCUUACCACUUCAAUUGGUUCAGCAUUAGCACCAACAGUAUCUGGAGGUGGAUCUACGUUUGGAACUGCAACAGUAUAUCUGCAGUCACAGCCAGUACAUGGUACUAGUUCAUUACGCAAAAGCAUAGUUUCUGCACAGCAACAGCAACAGCAGCAACAACCAUUAAUUCAGGAGCUGCAAUUGCAACUGCAAACUCUAGUUGCUGACGAUCUGAUGCUCGGUCUAGAUGAUUUACUCAAUGUCAGUGACUUGGACAACCAUGAUGAGAAUGAUGCUCAAAUUUGGCGUGAUUUUAAUAAUCUGAAGAGUCGCGUACCAUUAGGAGCGUUUAGGAAUAAAUCUGUGUUGUACAAUCAUCAUCUGCAUCAUCUGGAUCAUCACCAUCAUCAUCAUCAUCACCUGCUGCUGCUGCUGCAUCAAAGUAAAAAGAGAAGAAAAUAUUAG